UUUCUCUCCGUUCUAAUCUAAUUCUGUUGUAUACAACGAUGGCGGACGUGCAGGUGGCUCCAGGGUCUCAGUGGCUACCCGACAUGGAGUAUGUUAGGCAGGAACUACAGAAACAGGAUCCUACCGUGCUGUCCGUGGGAGUAGCCUUGCUAGUGGUAUUGCUCAGCCUUGUAUUAUGGAAGCUUUUGCGAAGGAGUCAGAUAAGCCGCAGAGCUGUGCUUCUCCUUGGUGUAUGUGACUCGGGAAAAACACUCUUCUUCAUCAGGCUGCUAACCGGACAGUACAAGAAGACCCAGACCUCAAUCACAGCCAGCUCUGCAGCGUACAGAGUAAAAAGUGACAAGGGCUCUACACUGACCUUGGUCGACCUGCCUGGUCAUGAAAGCUUGAGGCAUCAGUACCUGGAACAGUAUAAAGUCGCAGUCAGAGCUCUGGUGUUCGUGGUGGACAGUUCUACGUUCCAGCGCGAGGUGAAGGAAGUUGCAGAACUCCUCUAUCUCCUUUUGACAGACAGCAUAAUACUGCGCAAUGCUCCCCCAAUACUAAUCGCAUGCAACAAACAAGAUAUCUCAAUGGCCAAGUCAGCCAAACUGAUACAGCAACAGUUGGAGAAAGAGUUGAAUACACUCCGUGUCACUCGGUCAGCCGCUCCCAGCACUCUAGACAGCAGCAACUCUCCUGCAGCCACACAGCUGGGCAAGAAGGGAAAAGACUUUGAAUUUUCCCAGCUGCCAAUGAAGGUUGACUUCCUGGAAUGCAGUGCCCGGGACAGCAAGGAAGAGGAGGGCGAUGCCAAUUUAAGCAACGUGGAAGGGUGGCUGGCGAAACUUGUGUGAGAGGGCUACUUGCAACAGAAGGAUCCCAACAUAUAAGGACAAUGGCUCUUAUCUAGAAUGUAACGCUAGACUUCUGCAAGAACAACAGUGGUUUCCAAACUAAGAACUGUUGGAUAUAUUAUGCAGCUAUUUGUUUAUGGACACCUUUGGCGGAACUGUAAGCUUUUGACAUCUAAAACAGUGUUACAUAGCAGCUGCUGUAGCCCAUUCAUGUGACUCCAACAACUGGGUUAAGUGGCACCUUUUUAUUUUUAUGUUUAUACAUGUGUAUUUCUAUUUGCAAAGUAAAGCUUACAAAAAGCAAUGCAUUUUGUUUAUUUUGGUAUAUUAAAGGGUAUAGAAGUUUGCA